CAGAUAGAUUGCACACCACCACCACCACCAAAUGAUGGAGCCCAAGACGUCGUCGAUGGGGAUUGCGCCCGCGGUCGCGCUGCUGGCGUUGGCCCUCCAGGGAGCGGCGGCGCAAGAAGAAGAUGGCCGCAGCACCAGGCCUCUACCGUACAAGAAGUGGCGCACGAACCCGAAGAUGGUCGUGUUCGGAGACUCGCAGUCAGACACCGGCAGGCGGUACAACGCGCCGGCGAGCUACGUCUUCGAGGGCAUCGGGGUGUACCCUUGGCCAAAGCUGUACGAGGCUCCCGACAGCGAGUCCAAGUUCCGUGCCUUUCUCCCCGGGGCCGGGUCCAUGACCAACGGGAAGAUGUGGCCGGAGUGGCUCAACGUGCCUCAGGAGCUUAACUUCGCCACCGCCACCGCCUCCGCCACCGAGACCUUCCGCACCCGGGAGAAUUGCGAGGGCUACACCGGCGAGGGGGAAGACCUCCCCACGGGGACCCUGGACGAGCAGAUCACCCGAUACUUCAACGACGCCGAUUUGCAUGAGACUGCUGACUACACGCACAUCAUCUACAUCGGGAACGAGGAUCUCAACUCGCACAGCGCAGCCACGGCCCGCUACUCCAUCGGGGGCGAGGGCUACGUCGACCCUUACGUCCCGUUCGACAUGCUGUUCGACGUCGCAGACGACGGCACGGUCACUUCCACCCACGUGCACAUCAUCGCGGAGCUUGCCGAGUCCUGGAGGUCCGGAAUCGCGAGGCUGAUCGACGCAGGCGUGACCGGAACGAUCCUUCUCGGCAACAUUGGAAACCCCGAAGGCUUGUCUAGUUACAUCGGCACCCCUCUAGGCGAGAUCGUACGGUCGAUCGCCCUGACCAUACGCGCAGAGGCCCAGGCCGUCGCCGACGAGUUCCCCGACCAAGUGCGGAUCCUGGACAACUACACCCUCUUCUCGGCUAUCGUGGACACGCCCGAGAUCUUCGAGAACCUAGGCUUCGUCGCCCCCGAGGGGUCCUUCCUGUCUGACCCUUGCCUCGACCUCGACUUUGCCGUUGACUACCUCGGGGAGGUUGCCGGCACCCAAGCCCUUCGUCCUGUUGGAUGCCAGGAGGAAUGCGCCCUUUGCGCCGACAACACCUCUCCCUGCGGGACCUGCUUCGAGGGCAACCCUUCCGGCCAGGUCUGCAGCGACCCGGACUCCCGGCUCUUCUGGGGGUCCCGGUACUUCUCGACCGCGUUCCACCACAUCCUGGGAGAGGCCAUCAGGCAGUGCUCCAAGGACAGCCCCAACUACGACCGCCCCGUCGUGCUCGAGCUGUGCGGCUCUUCUCGUUGAAAUGACCCAACCACGCACAUGCCGUUUUGAGAACGUUGGGCCGGGGGGUUGAGAAGAAAAGCGCGAAAAAGGACCCGCGGCGCAGCACGAUUUUUUGUGGAGGACCGGGGCGCAAGAGGGUGGAGCCAAUAAUCCGUCGGGUUCAGACCGCGUGAGCCAGGGUUCAUGGUCCCCGACGCGGUGGGAGAUGGAGCAGGCAGCAAGGGGCCCCACCUGCGUUGGUUUUAGCUUAUAGAGGUUCGUGAAGUCGGGGGGCAAGGGCCCCUAGAAGAGGCUGGUAGGCUGCAGGCGGGAGACCUACAGGGUGAGGAGCUGCUGGAGAGAGGAGGUGAAGCGAUUGAGGGAAAGAAACCUUCAUGUGAACGCGGUAGACUAUACCUAUGUGGUUGUAUCAACGAGCCUGUAACCUACUUUUAAGGAGCCUGUAAACUGCUUAAUGGCGUGUUGUGAUAUAUUUUCGUCUCGUGCUUAUUGACUGCUUUGCCUUUGGGGCCCUUGCUUGUCAACGAGCAGCAGAUUUGACGUGAUGGUUGACCUCGAGUUUGCUUACCCGUAUCCUCGCACUGCUGUUGUAUACAUGUCCCGUAUCGCGUCAUCGGCAAUGCUAUGAAUGUGUGGUCCACCAACGGGGUAGCAUCCCGGGGUCCGUCCGUGUUAGACUGACGCGUGUCACGCAUCUCACUGUACGGGGGGGUGGGUUCCUUGGUCACCAAACCAUCCCGUCGAGGUGUUCCUCUUUGCCGUGUACGAGGGCGCGUGGUUGUACUGUCAGUUGUGGAAGAAGGGGCGUGUUCCUGUCUUGUGCGAUUGGUGCAGCUACAUCGUCUUGCUGUCCUCUGCAAUCGGUUUUGUUGGGUGCUUAGUCUUGCCGCCCUUCUCGGACUUCCGGGGCGUCGGAAAGUGAAAGGGCUCCGACGAAAAUAGCCACACUCACUCCCCGAUUUCACGGAGUGUUGGGCCUGCUUCGUUGUGUUGUGUUUGCUGCGUAGACACCUCCGGUCGCAGUUUUCGUUUGUGAUUCAGCGUCCGCGGUUGGUUGUGGGGUAAUAGGCUCUUCCACCUGUUGCAUGCUCUUCCCUCUUGUUGUUCUUGGGCGACGUGUAAACGUCACGAUUUUUGGAUGUUAAAAUUGAGUCUUUCGGGUUCAUUUUACUUCACUUCGCCAUCGUGUUUUGGGUUGUCGAAGUUCAUAGGACUAGUGCAGCUCGUGACGGCGGAAACUCCUACGUCUGUCUUCGGCUUGGAGAGGAAUAACUGUUCGGAACAGGUUUUUCCGAUGAUGUGCAGCCUUUCUGCAAGCGUUUCCCAAAUAGGCCAACCUGAUCAGAAGGUUGAAUGACACCGCUGUUUGAGUGGUAAUGCAGUAAUGAUAUGCAUAUGUUGAUCAACCUCAUGUCACUAUCUCCAUGUGGCCAGAGAUCGUGUGGGGGUUGUUACCG